AUGGGUAGCUAUGAAUCUGCAAAAUUCCUUCUAUCCUUUUGCAUCGUGAUUCUUGCCGGCACCAUGAGACUCCGAUCUUGGCUCUUAACAUGCUCCUCCGCCGUCUGUUUCUCCACCAGCGAUGACACCACAACACCACCACCAGAAACUCCAACAAUCUCACCAAAAUUUCUUCUCUCCGACACCAGCAGCUCCUCCGACUCACCAGGCAGCUCAUCAUCCACCUCACAAGACACAAACUACAGCAGCCUCCAAAGCAACCUCUCUCUUCAAACACUACCGUCUGUACCUUCCCUCCAAAAGCUCUCUCCUGAAACCAUAAACCUCUCCGUCACCACCUUCUCUCUCACCUCCCUCAAACCCUGCUCCGCCCAUGUCCACUUUCUCGCCGUCCAUGGCAACCUCCUCUACGCCGCCUUUGGUAAUGAAAUUAAAGUUUUCGAUGUCACCGAUUACACGCAUCUUGAUACCUUCAACAGCAAGGAUUCUUCCUCUGGUUCGGUCAAAUCUGUGAAUUUUUGUAAAGGAAAAGUUUUCACUGCACAUCAAGACUGUAAAAUCAGAGUGUGGCAAUUAAAACCUAAUAAACAGCACAAGCUCGUCGCUGUACUACCCACCGUCAAGGAUCGGUUGCGCCGUUCCAUCUUACCCAAAAACUACGUCAAAGUCCGGCGUCACAAGAAACGGUUAUGGAUCGAACACAACGAUGCUGUAUCAGGAUUAGCAGUUAACAAGGGUUUGAUGUGUUCUGUUUCGUGGGAUAAGUAUUUAAAGGUUUGGAGAACAUCGGACUAUCGAUGUAUAGAGUCAAUAAAAGCCCAUGAUGAUGCGAUAAGCGCCGUUGUCGUGUCCGUCGACGGGACUAUUUAUACUGGGUCAGCCGAUCGCCGGAUCAAAGUCUGGACACGACCGGAGGGAGAGGGAAGGUAUGCAUUGAUCGCGACAUUAGAGAAGCACAAGUCCGCGGUGAAUGCGCUGGCACUGAACUCCGAUGGGUCGGUGUUGUUUUCCGGCGCGUGUGACCGGUCGAUCUUGGUAUGGGAGAGAGAGGACAGUGCCAAUCACAUGGUGGUCACCGGUGCACUGAGAGGCCACUCCAAGGCAAUACUGUGUCUAAUCAACUUCUCUGAUUUGUUGUUCAGUGGGUCAGCUGAUCGGACGGUGAGGGUCUGGCAACGGGGACAUGACGGACGGUACUGUUGCCUGACGGUGCUAGAUGGUCAUUUGAAGCCGGUUAAGUCGUUGGUAGCGGUGGCAGUGGCAGACGGUGGUGUAUCGGGGGGUGGUGGUGGUGCUAUUAAGGUGUUUAGUGGAAGCUUUGAUGGAGAGAUUAAGGUGCGGCAGGUGGUGAUUUCAAGUCUCAACAGUCCUGAGACUGUUGAUCUUCUGAAAUGGAAUUCAUAG